ACAGCGCGCCAAACGGGAAGAGAGAGGAAAGUUUAUAAACAGUCAAGAUUGACGCUGUCGGUGGCGUUCCUUGAACAAACUGUGGCUGGUUGCCGAACGCUUUCUACGUCAAGAAAUGUUCAUGCACAUCCAGUAGAAGAUUUGUAGAGAGCCGACCGCUCGAAACUCAGACAUGGAGCAGGCGGCGGGAGUGAGCGUGUGGCCGCGCCUGGAGCCCUUCCUGCUGGGCGCGCUGCAGGUGGCUCCCACCAACAAGCUGAGCAUGCACUACCUGCGCCGCAUGGCCUCGUACGUGCGCACACGGGACGGCUGCUACCCACGGCUGGGCUGGCUCAUGUGGCGGCACAUCGCCUGCAGCAAGCUGCAGCUGCCCGAGGAGCUGGCCUGGCUCUACUUCGAGACCUUCGACCUGCUGGCUGCCUACGCGCCCGAACACCGGCUGGAGUGGGCCGAGGCGCUGUCCCAGUGUGCCACGCCCAAGGAGCUGGAGAGACAGAGGAGCAAGUUAUCGGUGGACACGCUGCAGUUCCUGCUCUUCCUCUACGUGCAGCACCUGAACCGCGUCUCCUUGCGCACCUCCCUAAUUGGCGAGGAGUGGCCCAGCCUCCGCUCCCGCUCACCGUCCUCCACAGACCGCGAGGCUAAGAUCACCUCCCAAAAUAAGAACUGGGACGACCAGGCCCACCUGACGUUCGUGCAGUCCCACCUGUCGGAGCUGCUGGAGCUGCUGCUGGAGCCGGGUCAGCUGAGCGGCUCGGGCCAGGUGCUGCGGGACAGCCAGGUGCCCCUGGAGGCCCUGCACGGCCUCAGCCUGCUGCUGGAGGGCUCGCUGGGACGCGGGCGUUCCGUCGAGCCCCUGCACCGCCUGCUGGCGCGCUCGCCGCUGCAGGCCGAGGCGGGCUACUCCAAGCUGAGCCGAUCGUUCGGCCUGCAGCAGCUGCAGCAGUGGCUGCACCAGGCACUCACCCUCAACCCCCUUGGCAUCUCUGCAUGCCUGCGCUCUGGCAAGAAGCUCGCUUGGGCACAGCAAGUGGAGGGCGCAAUGAAGAGAGCCAAGAUUGCGCGCAACACCCACAUGGCCCCGCCAGGCAGCAAAGUGGUGCUGAUGUCACAGGUCUUCAAGCAGACGCUGGCAAAGGACUCCGACAAGCUGGUGGGCUCCAACCUCAAACUGCACCGCUGCACCGAAUCCUUCAUCUACCUGCUGUCCCCUCUCAGGUCUGUGUGUCUGGACAAGUGCCGCAACACCACUGUAGUCCUGGGCCCUGUGGAGUGCAGCGUGCACGUGCAGGGCUGCGAGAACGUGCGCCUCAUCUGCGUCACAGGCCGCCUGGUGGUGGGCGGCUCCUCCCACUGCACCCUCCACGUCCUGACCCCCACGCGCCCUCUGCUCCUGCCCGGCAACGUGGGCCUCACCCUGGGGCCCUUCCACACGCACUACCCCACCCUGGAGGACCACAUGGCCAGUGUGGGGCUGGCGGUGGUGCCCAACAUCUGGGACAGACCCCUGCUGCUGGGGGCUGAGGGGAACAGCCUGGACAAAGGGUGCUACCGCAUCCUGCCCCCUGCGGAGUUCUCCCCAUUCGUGGUGCCGUUCUUGAUGGAGGGGGACACGGUGGAGGUGCCGGGGGGGCUGCCGCCCGUCUACCAGAAGGCCCUGGAGGCCAGGGAGAGGAGGGUGCAGGACUGGCAGAGGACAGUCAAAGACGCCCACCUCAACAAGGAGCAGCGGCGCCAGUUCAAGGUCCUGGUGGAGCAGAAGUUCCACGAGUGGCUGUUGGCCACGGGCCAAAACCAGGAGCUGGACGGCCUCAUCAUCCCCCCAUCGCCCUCCUCCUGCUCCACCCCCACUUCCUCCUCUCGCACCGCCACCCCCACCACGACACACACCUCCACCCCCACCACCACCAGCACAGCUAUUACCGCUGCUGCUGCCGCUGCCUCUUGCCUCACCGCUACGCCAGACACCGCCGCGGGGCACCAGCACCAGCACCACCGCUCUAAUGGGGACCAUGUCACCUACAGAACACGGCCCAGCGACAGCCGGCAGCCAAACGGGUCACUUAGGCAUGGAGAGUCACCCAUGGCGUCCAGCUGAGAGAGAGCGAGACGGAGAGAGCUGGGCAACACAAGCGGGUUUAUAUAUGAUGUGGCUGACCGGUGCGGAUAUGAGUUGAAGAGAGAAACUGAUUUAACCUGCGUACAAUGAUCCAGUGCUCUGAAACUAUUGAACAGAGAAAGAGACCUUGGGAGCUGUGGGGCCUUCAGAGACCUGGGGUGCGUUUCUCAACAACUAAGUUAGCAACUUACUUGGUUGCAAUGCAAUUUCCCAUUGGAAACCUAGUAAGUUUCUGACUGGUUAGCAACAAUGCUUUUGAGAAAUGGGGUCCUGCUCUGUUGUUGGGCAUAGUCCCAUCUGUACUGUGAUGUUUUCCACACUCCAACAGUCAGCAGCAUCCAGGCGGAUGUCUAGUUUAUCCUGUUAACUUGAUGAUACAAACAUGUGCUGUUAUUUUUUAUAUGUGCAUCUACAUACAGUAAUUGUCCUCUUCAGGGCUUGGGUAUUUUAUUUCCAGCAGAUAUCCUCGCAAGUACCAAAUAUGCGUGACAUGUGCAGACCAGACAUACCAGUUUACGAUUACUUGUCUUGACUCACCUCUCGGCUAAGAGCACUUAAAAGUAUGCGCUGCAAGCAUUACCUUGUUCGCUUGCUCAAACGAAUCAAUAGGCACUCGUUUGCUUUGCCAGGCCUCAGCGAACUGUCAGUGGUAACUAACUCUCAUAGUGAGAGACAUUACAGUGCAUUUCAGGCCUUUACAUUUUUUUAAGCCAAUGAAAAGCAUAAUGAUGUGUUUAUAUACAGUAUGUAUGGGUUCACUGCUGUCUGCUGCACUCUUUUGUUUUUUCUUUUACUUUUUAUUUAUUUUAUAACUUCUGCUUUAUUUAUUAUUCUCCUUUUGUGGCAACAUGGCCGACUCACAUAGGGAAACGUGUUGUGUUCUGGUACGUUACGUUGGGUUAGUGUUAGGCAACACAUGGUAGUUGUUUUAGUCAGGGAAAGUGGGCCAUGGAGGAGUUAUUCUGGCCUUCUAUCCUCACUCUUGAACCAUUCACUAGUGCGUUUUGUUAAUUUGUUUUCAUUCACAUGUAAUGCACUUGGAAGUUUUCCGCUGAAAUGUCUUAAGGCCAGUGUGUACAUGAUUGAAUGUACAUUGUUCUUAAUUGCUGUAGACAAGCCCCACAAUGUUUGCCUUAUAUAUUUUUGCCUUUGCACUACUUGUAUUACCUCCACAUUGAUACUUGUUCUCCAAUCACCAUGGCUGUAGCAGAAUGUAUAUUAUGUAGUGUAGUAACAUCUAUUUUUUUGUACAUAAACAAAAAAUAAAAAAAAUCCCA